GUGUUUAACAAACAAAAACUUUGAAUUUUAAAUGAAAUACAUUUGGCGGCCGAUGAUAAAGUGCUAUUGCGCGUUUAUUCCAUUUAUGGAUCAAGUGAUAUUUCUAUUCCACGACAUUGAUAAAAAACGUUUAUUUUGUAGAGAUAUAAACCGCUUUUUAGUUUUUUGCACUGUCGUCUUUACUAUUGACUAUUGAGGUAUGGACGUCUGGUGACUUGCAAUCAAGUGUUUAGUGUGUUCCACGUCUGUAGUAUAAAUAAUUACAUAUCAAUAAUUUAUGCCUUGUAGGCCUACUGAAUACAACGACAAUGGCCUUUUGGUAUUUUGACAAGGAUGAGCUGCACCGGACUGCCUCUGCUCAAGAUGGCAUACCGCAUGAGAGAGAGUCCCGGUACCGUCAGGAAGGGGCAAGGUUCAUCAUAGACGCUGGUACGAAAAUGGACUUGGGCUACAACACGAUGGCCACUGGUGUUGUUUACUUUCAUCGUUUUUACAUGUAUCAUUCAUUCAAAACAUUUCCUAGAUAUCUUACAGCUUGCUGUUGUCUUUUUCUUGCGGGUAAAGUAGAAGAAACGCCAAAGAAAUGUAAAGACAUAAUAAAGUUGGCUAAAGCAAUAUUACCCGAGGAAAAAUAUGAAACUCUUGGAUUAGACCCCAAGGAAGAAGUAAUGGUACUCGAACGUAUAUUGUUACAAACAAUUAAAUUUGAUCUACAAGUUGAUCAUCCAUAUCAGUUUUUAUUGAAGUAUGCUAAAUGUUUAAAAGGCGAUAAAACUAAACUAACUAAAAUGGUUCAAAUGGCUUGGACAUUUGUGAAUGAUAGCUUAUGUACAACACUUUGUCUUCAGUGGGAACCAGAGAUUAUAGCAGUUUCAUUAAUAUAUUUAGCAUGUAAACUGAGUAAGUUUGAACUCAAUGAUUGGCAGGGUCGUACGCCAAAUCAUUUACGUUGGUGGGAUAUGUUUGUUCAAGGAAUGAAUAUGGAUUUGCUUGAAGACAUUUGUCAUCAAGUUCUUGAUCUUUAUUCAACUCCUGACAAAAAUGCACCACCAUCACCUCCAUGUCAAGAAAAAUUUAUUGUUCCAAAGAAAGUUGUACCCCCUCAAUCCAUUUAUCAGAAAUUAUUAUUGCAAAAAAUGGCUGCUAAAUACAUGCUUACACCUGAACAAGCGAUGCAAGCAGCUAUAACAAAAAAUGUGAAAUUGAUAACUACGCCAAAUACUUCUCCUGGCAAGCAAUCAUUACCCAUGCCACCAGGAAUUAAACCGUCAGUUUCGAAUGUUCCGCAAAAACAGCCAAAUGCUCAAAAACCAUUUUUGCCACCACCUCCUACACCACCAAAAUUGUUAUUACAACAGCCUCCUAUAAAACAACCACCCCCACUUCCAUCAACAAGACCUCCACUCCCUACGAUGCCACCACCACCACCUCCUCCAUCACUGCCACCACCUCCACCAACACCUAAUCAAAUGUUAAUGCCACAAGGUGUUACUCAAUUGCCACCACCGCCCAUGCAACCACCACCACCAAUACCACCUUCUGGUUUCCCCCCCAUGUACCCUUAUCCUCCACUUCAAAAUCCAGCUCAAUCAUUUGCAAACUCUAUGUUUUCUCAGCCUCCCAAUAUGAUAUCUACAGUACCUGGGCAAUAUCGUCCACAUGAACCGAUGGGUUCUAUUCAGUUCAUUGGUGAAUCUGUUCCUCCGAGACAGCCUUACGGUGAAAAUUACAAUCAAAGAGAAAACAUGACACAGCAACCUCCACAGCCGUUCAGUGAAUUUGAUAUGCAAGAUUCAUAUGAAGAAAACAGACAAAAAUAUAAUGACAAUCGUGCAUUCAAUCGAGAUGGUGCCUUUGUUGGUGGUACCUAUGGUAAUGGGUCUCAACAUUUUGUAGAUGGUGGUCCACAUUACAGCAGUGAAAGUGGUCAACAUUAUGUUGACGGUGGAAGUCAACAUUAUUCAGAUCCAGCUUAUCUACAAUAUAAACGUGGUUUUAAUGCCAGAACUAAUCGACCACCACCUCCUCCACCACAAUACCAAAACAGACAAGUUCGACAUCAUCCAUAUCAAAGACGAUAGUGUUGCUCUUUUAAAAAUGUAUAUGUACAGUUAAAGGUAAUUUAGCACUUAACAUAGACAAAUAUUUUUAAGAUUUCAGAUGUAUUCUGUAACGCAUGUGUUUUGAUUAUUGAAAUUUAGGUAUAUUAUACCUAAUAAUAUAUCUGUCAACUUUUCUUUCACUAUUAUAGGAUACUUCUGUUUUAGUUAAUGACUGAAAUGUAAGUGACUUAAUUCUACAAUUAUAAAUUUUGUAAAUAGGUUAAACUUACAUAAAUUUUUAAUACAGUUACAACUGGUGUUUUUAAA